CAGUGCUGCCACGGAGGGUCUGACCUUGGGCAUCAGGAGGAAUUUCUUACAGAAAGGGCGAUUGGAAGGGGCUGCCCAGGGAGGGCUGGAGUCCCCAUCCAUGGCGGUGUCCGAGGCAUGGCACGCUGUGCUCUGGGCUGAGAAUACUGCACUGGUUCGGCUUGGAAGGGGCCCUGAAACUCCAGUUCCACCCAUGGGCAAUUCCACUAUUCACUACGACUCGCAUUCCAUUGUGAAUAAUUCCACAACCAUCCCAGGUUGCUGAAACACCCAUCCAACUUGGCCUUGGAGACUUCCAGGGAUCCAGGGGCAGCUUCCAGGGCCUCCCCACCCUCACAGGGAGGAAUUUCUUCCCAAUGUCUAGUCUAAAGCCUACUCUCUGCCUGUUUGGAAGCCUGGGCUGGCUUGCUCCCCUCUGUCUAUUUUUCUGAAGUGUCAUUUAUCCAGUAGAAAUGCCCCAGCCUGGGCCGUGGGGCUGCUGGCAGUGCUGUCACUAAGCAUUGCUCGCUGGAUUUCCCAGCGAUGGAUUGGCAGCACUUCCCGACCCACAUAAGGAAUGCCUCAGUAAUGGGAAGUCCGAGCACUACAAACAGGAGUUCACAUCUUCUAAACUGGUUGCUGGAAAAUUAACAUUUCUUCUUCCUCUCCUCCUUGCCUUUGCCCCCAGUUUCAUUCCACGUGUGUAACACUGGUGCUUCAUUAUAGUGACACCUGUUUGCAGGGGCCAGGCUGUGCCAGGGGGUCCCUGUGGGCUCCUUCUGGUGCCUGUGUAAUAUUAAAGUGUCAGGGUGUUACAAAUUGGGUACUUCAUCCUUGAUAAGCAAUUAUUAUCUGCCUUUCCCAAGUGUAAAAGAUCUGUAUAACUCAACAAGGUGCCAGUGAUUGAGGCCUCUCGAGUAAAAACCCAAUGAGUCCUGAAGGGGACCCUGGGAUGGUGUUGUCUUGUUGCUGAACUUGAGAUAUUCCAUUUAUUGUGCUGGAAUAUAUUUCCUGAAGUCAACAGUGGGUAAAAUAAUACAAGGAACUGUUAAAGCAACAGCACAACAGGAUUUAGUGUCCCUGUGUGAUGGCCUUCUAAAAACCUUAAUCACCCCUGGUGGAAGCAGAAAGCUGCUGUCAGAGUUUGCUGACCAUUGCUGAGCAAACAGCAAUGAGUUGUUUUAAUAAUUGAGAAAAAAAUAUGGGUUUGGUUUUUUUCCAUCCCAUUAUAACUGUAUGGGCCUUGGAUUUAAAAGGCCUGUGUUGCUCAAAGGUUUAUGCACAUUUAUUUCUAUUAUUUAUAUUUAAAUUAUAUAUAUUUAUAUUAUAUAUAUUAUUUCCUAUUAUUUAUAUAUAUUUAUAUUAUUUAUAUUUAUAUUCUAAGAAAUAUAAUUCUGGAUUCCCAUUUUGACCAAUUUUAUUAUUAUUAUUAAUAUGUUUUGUUGAGUUACAGGAGUAAAAAGAGAAGACAUGGAUGGCAAAGCCUUGUUUCACAGAUAACAUGAAAAUGUGUUUUUGUGCUUUCAAAAAUCAAGUCUGCAUAAUAUUUAUAUAAUACUUGCAAUAUCAAAUGCCUGCAACUAUAUAAAAUAAAGUGAAAUAAAACUUUUUACUGCCAAUGAAGGAUAAACUGAUGGCCAGCACUCCUGGGAAUCAGAAAGCCACACACUCAGAAAGUUCCCAAGGGAAGAAGUCCCAGCAUGCAGAAGAAGCCAUUUUUUACAUGAACUGCAGAGCAGCUUAUCUGACUGUCUUAAAAAGCAGCUUAGAAAAUAUUAAAUCAAAAGAACAACUCAUUUUAGUGCUUCAGCAGGCUGGAAGAAAUCCUUCUCAGAAGACCAUUAACAAAUACUGGACUUCACAAACAUCCUCACUGAAUUUUGAUGACUUUUGUGCUAUUUUAAAAAAAGAAAAGCCAGCUACAAAAAAUGAACUGCUCGAAGCAUUUGGUAAAAUAGACACAGCUAAGGCUGGAUAUAUUUCACAUGAUGAACUUUGUAAAAUUCUUACAACAAGAGGUGAUAAAAUGACCUGGGAGGAAGUGACCAGCAUUACUAAACAAGCUGAUUUUAACUGCAAUGGCAAACUUGACUACAACAAGUUCUGUGAGCUGUACCUGAGCACCAGUGAGCAGUGCUGCAAAGCUGCCAGGGACAGGCUGGAAACUGACCCUCGACUGAGGCAGCAGCACUUUGGGAACCAAAGUGAAAACGUCCCUGAAGGGAUCACCCUGCCAGGGUCAAAGCCAUCCCCGAGGGUCUGCAGGAAAACUGAGCACAAACUGCCUAAAGGUGACAGCAGAGCUCCUUCAAGACCUUCAUCAGCUCAAAGCAGCAAAGCUUCCACCUCCACCACGGUCACUGUGGGUGCCAGCAGCAGCAGGAACACAAAGCUAAUUAUUGAGCCUGACACAAUGAAGGAAUGGCAAUGUGCACAAUCCAAGGGCUGCUUCUACCUGGAGGAAAAUGGGGAAAUCAUCAGUCACAAGUACAGGCUGCACUUAGCCCAGAGAUCUGCAGUUUGUGUCACCAUCAAACCUUUCAGAAUUCCCCAGGCACAAGGAAAAUCUUGUCACUGGUUUUCAGUGGAUACAGCUUUGUUUAUUCUGAAGGAAAAUGAAACCCAAGAGAAUUUACAGCUUGUGAGCUUUACUGAACUCCAGAACAAAGAGAUGUUUGGCUGGAGAGGGGAGCUUGGAUCUGGGCUUUACUGGCUGCUCCCUUUCACAACUGGCUGCAGGCUGAGGAAGGGAAAAACCCAAAUCACUGGGGAAGCCAAACUGGUGUGGAGGGAUGAAGAUGGAGAGCUGGCUCUCACCAAUGAAUUCCGAGCUGCUUUGCUGGAUAUUUUUGAAACCAUUGAUCUGGAUGGGAAUGGCCUCCUGAGUCUGGAGGAGUACAACUUCUUUGAGCUGAGGACUAGUGGGGAGAAGUGUGACCAGGAAGCCUGGGCUGUGUGCAAGGAAAAUUUUGAGAUGAAGAAGAAUGAACUAACAAGACAAGGAUUCCUGGAUUUGAAUCUCAUGGAAGCCAACGACCGGGAUGGGGAUCCCUGGGACCUUUGGGUCACUUUGUUGUCCCUGGGCUACAACAAAGCCUUAGAAAUGACAGAGGCCUGCCCCUUUGUCAUUGACAUCUGUGCAGAGAGGUGCAAACCCAGACUCAGAGCCAUUUCCCUGGAGGCAGGGGGCUCCCAGCUCAGCAGGGCUCUCUGCAGGUCUGUGGUCAGCAAGGGAGAGGCCAAAGUGUUGGAUGGCUCUGGGGACAUCUGCAUCCACACCCACAGGUCAGGCAGCAGGAUCACCUCUGUGAUUGAAAAUAAGUCUGAAAAUAAAGUGAUAAUUCAUGUCAACAAUGAGCAGAGUAAGAACUGCCUGAACAAUAGGGGACUGACAGUUUUUGCUGUGGAAGUGGCUCCAAAAUCCAUGAUGGUCUGUCAGCACGUGAUGGCCCUGAAUGAGCAGGAAGAGUGGAUUUACAGCUGUGUGCACUCCCUUGUGUGUUAAACCUCCCAGUGCCAGGCCUGGGAGCAGCCACACUCAACCAGGAUUAGCUUUGAGCAGCUUUUACACAAUUUAUAGUCUUGUCCUUCUCAAAAAGCUGGCAUACAUUUAUAUUUUUUGAUGAUUUUGGCAUGAAAACACUGAGGCACAAUAAAAAUUAGUGCUGUUCAGUAAUCCAGCUGCCAGUUGUAAUAGAACUGUGCUUUUUAAAGGAUUGUUUCCCUAAAUAUGCCCUUAUUUUCCAUGCCAUGGAUUGUAAUUCCAUCACAGGCUGGAACUGCUUCACUGAGGGGAAAAAAACUUUGUUGAAUGGGUUCCUAAUUAAACAUUCCUUUGGUUUUGAUGUGAGAAGUAUAAA